UCCGAGUGCGCUCUCCAUCUCUCUACGCUCUCUUUGCGAACUGGUGCGCGUGCCCGACCCUGGUGCGCGACGCGCGUUACCCGUUGACGCCAUGGCCGGCGUGCGCCUCUCCUAGGGGAGUCGGAAACCCCGUUCCCCGUUGGCUCCCACUUUCCGUUCUCGCUUACUCCGCGACGCACAUGCACACUUGUAUGCCCCGGGGCGAAGCGGGCUUUCUUCCCAUCGACGUCCGGAGAAACGACCGUCGCUCUGUGGAUUUUCGUGCGGAUCGCGACGAGCUCUCUCAGUCGGCGGCAAACCAGGCGUGACGGACCGCGCGUACACGUAUAUAUAUAUACACGCACACACACACAUACAUACAUAUCUGAUGUGCAUCCGAUUUCCUUGCUCGGGCCAGCCCCUCUCUCCUCCUGACCGUUAGGGUUAAUUGACUCUGCUCGCUGUUCCCUUCGAGAUUACGUUGCCACCUGCGUGGACGCGGGGAGAAAAUCCAAUUAACGAGGAUUGUGACCCAGCACCCAUCCACCCACCCCCGGUCGCCAAGUUGCGGUUUUUUUCGGCUUGGCUUAUUUCACUUGACCACUUCGCGCUAAUCCCUGGGUUAUGUGCGCUUACUCCAUGUAGAUCGGAGAUUAGCCGCGGCUGAUCCAGACCCAGGUCUAAUCGUCACUGAUUCGCACUGAUCGGAGUUCGGAAGUGAAUUUUAUCGCGAGUGUCGAGUUUCAUAAUAUUUCGCCCUGAGCUUGCUGCUUUCCACUACUCACGUAGGAUUGUCGAGCAUUUUUGCAGCGGCAGGAUUUCGGCUCGUGACUGAUGAUACCGGUCGUCUCUCGCUUCUCUCCGAUCGUUGUCGUUCCUAACUCGACGGAGACGACGAGGUGGCCGGUCGGCGCCGAGCGUCGGUGUAACCGGUCCCGACUGACUUUUCGCACCGGUCGCUUCCUCCUCGCACCCCAACACCUGCUCAUCCCGCGAGAAGGAGGCACGCGGGAACGGAACGCGUUCCAGGAGCACGUUUGGCCGCGAGUGGCUCGCCGAGUGGCUUGCGCGUGAUCGGGCACGUUUUACUUUAAAUCCGCUUGCCGAUCGUCAAAUCGGGAGAUCAUGGAGUCGAAAACCUUAAUGCGUAAUCGCGAGUUACACUUGUGUCCAUUUAUAACAGUAUAGAAUUAUUUUAUUUCUUUCCAGAUUUUAUAUUUAUAUAUGCAUAAAAUAAGUAACCGUGUUAUUUUAAUUAAUAUUUUUGCCUUUUACUUCACAUUCGUGCGUAUACAAAGAGUAAAAACGUCGUUUCAAUAAUAUACAUAAUUGUACAGUUGUAUACCUAAGGGCCGGUUUGUUCCAAUUUCUAGGUAAAUUUACCUAUCAGGUAAGUGUGUGUCUGUUUUUAUUUAUUUGAGAAGAAAGUGAAGAUAGAUACAUGCUUUCCUGAUAGAUAAAUUUACCUAGAAGUUGGAACAACCGGCCCUAAAUAUUAAAGAAGUAUAUCAGGAUUUGUUCAAAUUUUUUAGAGAUUUUUUACCAAAAAUCUUUUGAAACAACUAUUUAUCAGUGACUCAGGUAGUCUGAAUAAAUAGUGAGAAACAGGAUAAUCUGCGGAGGAUUAAUUUGAAAUUUUUUUUUUGCAGUUCUUUCUCUAUGAGGUUCAGAAAAAAAUAAAAGGUGAUGGGAGUUAUAGUUGAGCGAGGUUUAGUAAAAGUAAAAAAGGUUUGAAAUGGACGAAAAGUAAGGUAAAUUUUGACUCGUUAAUAUAGAAAGUAAAGUUAGUCUAUUACAUUGAUAGAAAUGGGUCAUAAAGAUUUCUGAUCUUGAAAGAUUAAUUCUGGUUUUAAGCCAUCGGCACUUUCACCAUUCUCGAAUUUUGAAGCGAAUAGAAUACCGAAAUGAAUGAUGUUAUGGAGAAUAAUGUUCAAUAUUUUUGCUAUCACAUUCAUUUCAUCUCUUUUCUUGAGAUUUAAUUUUACGUGAAAAUAAAACAUAAAAUUGAUAAUUUGUCGUUGUUUCUCGUUGAGCUUUAUGCUAAAUAAAACCUUAGAAAACUAAAUAAAUAAGAAAAAUAAAGCUGGAGUUCUUUGAGAGGGAGAUUGAAAGAGUUUUAUAGGAAAAAAAAGAAUAUAUUGAAUAUAUUGAAAGUAGAGAGGAUUGGUAACUUCGCUUUGAUGUUGUGGAGAUUUUGUUUUUGCUGUAUUCGACAAACCUUUGAAAAUUAACCUAGGAAUAAUAAAUGCCUUAAUUAGACUUAAGAUUGAGAUUGGAGUUGGAAUUUAAUGAAUCAAAAGAAAGAAAACUAAUUAAAUUUCAAAUUUAGUGAACUUUGGUUUGAUUGAUCAAAUUCCAAUCUUAAUUUCAAUUACUAGUCUGAUCACGGAUUAACAGAUUAAUUUUAUACAGGAAAUGGACGAAAUAAUGUAAAGAAAUGCACUAUUUUUUAUUAAUAAGAGAUUUAUACAUUAUUUUUAUUUUUAUAGGUGUAAUAUGGAUUUUAUUGUUGUUUGGGAUAAUCAUACAGUGCUUGAAGGACCAAUAGAAUGCUGUAUUCUCUUAGUUGAAUAUUUUUCAAUUAAUUAUAUAAAUAAUAUUAGAAAAAAAAACGCCUCAAACACACACACACACACACACACAAUUUCUCAAAAUUGUGUAUCUUUUAUUUUUUCAAAACUAACGUUUUUCUUACCUGAUCUGAUUUGUAAUCUAAAAUAACUCAUCAUUGCGAACAGUUUUGAAAGACAGAGUAAAAAAAACAUUUUUUCUGUCAUCCCUUGAAAAGUAUUAUGCUAGAAAUAUGGCACAGCAUUGCACUGAUGACUAUUUGAAUAUUGUAUGACCAUUAAAAAAUAAAAUCUAUUAAAAUCAAAUAAUAGGACAUUUUGUUUUACCAAUAAAAUAAGUACUGUACUUUUCGGGAGUUCACGUUAUUUUGUCAAUCUUUUGUACAUCGAAUUUUACAACGAUUUAGCUUCCAAAUUAAAACUACGGUUUUGAUCAUAAUGCACCGCCAAUAGUUCCAUAAUGAAUCAGUAAUGUAGCGCUAUCUCGGUCGUUAGGAUUUUCUAAAUUUGGCGUUGCGUGAUGGUGCGGCUCGCCUGGGAGGCUCGCGGCAUCGGUGAAAACGAUUCUCGUGCUGCUUUCACAAUUUUUCCAAUCUUUUCGUGCGAAAAGAGGAGAUUCCUCUGACGUCUGUUGACCUUCCAGGAGGGGGAUUAUGCCGUACAGCGGCGCAAAUAUUGGCGGAAUGCAUGAAAAUAGAUCAUGCGUCAGGCUGUCGGCCAUGCAUACGUUUUCGCACGCACGACGAAAGGCAAAUUAACAAUAAGAUAUUAUUCCCGAAGGUAGAAAUCUCCACGGGGGUUUCUUACGUCCAUGGAAAACAUUUUGGCGUGAGGAGAAUUUACGUAACUUACGUACGAUCGCGAAUUGUGAAUGAUACAUAUAAUUUCGUGCGGUAAUUUUGGUUAAAUGGUCCAGUAACUGUUUCGACAGACUUGAAUCGAAUACCUUGUGACGCUCGUUUACACAUCGCGUAAUUACAAUGCAGUCACACAUGUGCGUACAAACUCACAGAUAAUUUUCUCAAAGUAAAUAGAAUUUGUCCAAGUCUCAACUUGAAAAUAUAAAUAUAAGGAAACUAUAUACAGAAAUUUAUUGAUACAUGACCGUGCAUUAUGUAUCCAUUUCACAUGUGAUUGUUUAUUUAAAAAUAUAUAUUUACAUAUUAUAUAAUAUAUUUUUAAAAAAUUUAUCAUAUGAGGUCGUAUGACACCGAGUAUUUGGCUUGAUGUUUGGUAGGUUUUUCUUUUUUUUUGUUUUUUUGUUGAAGAUACCUUCAUAUUCGCAUUUGUAUUGCAAGGAAACGAUAACGUUCACAUUUUAUAGUUGAGUAACGCUGUUAUCGGCGAGGCUGAGAUAAGAGAUAACGGCGUUGUCGGCGCUGUUUUCUUCUUCUUCUUCUUCCUCUUCUGGUCAGUUCCACUUCUCAAUUUCGAGGAGCGUGUCGCGCGCUCCGCGUGCGUACGAUCGAGUUUUACAGUUACGUCGCCGUGUAACAACAGGCGACAGUGCGCGCGGAAUCGCGCGGAAAUCGCACGAGGCGCGGACGUGAUAUCGUAGAUUUUCGCUGCAACAGGUGGCUGACGUUUACCUGGGCCGCGCGCUUGCAGCCCAUUCCCUUCCCCCCGCACCCUCCACCCAUCCGAGAUUACCUCUCUUCUGUGACAGUGAUUCAGCAGUGAUUAAUCGGCGACGGUAACUCGUUUGUUUGUUGCUCGGUGCGAAUCUUAAUCACGAGCCAUUAGACGUUUCGUUCGCCGAUGUUGAGUCUCGCGCGAACAGAUAUACAGGACAGAUAUACGCAUACGUGACGUGGGGGAACAAAAGAAGAGGUAUACCUUGGCCGUUUCGCUCGGCUUGGUCGGGGAGCUGUUUUGACCAGGGAGGAAGGAUGUCGUUUAUCGGGACGGACGGCAAGAAGAAGAGUUGGGUUGCGUGCAUCCCAUUAACCAAAGUGACCAGCUCCAGAUGCCUUUGGAAUUGCGUGGCGCCGUGCGCGGGCGAUUACAUCAAGUACCCGGCUCUUUACGAACUGUCGAGCAAGUAUGGAGUGGCUGGCAGUGACCAGGUGCCCUUGCCGGCCCGUCUCGACGUGCUGCGGGAGCACAUACGACGAGAAAUACGCAAGGAGCUGAAAAUAAAGGCCGGGGCGGAGAAGCUGAGGGAAGUCGCGACAGAUCGCAAGUCGCUCUCAGAUGUUGCGACGAUCGUGAAGAAGGCGAACAGCAAGCUGAACGAGCUCCAUGCGGAGCUCCAGCAGCUCGAGAGUCAAAUUAUCCUGACGCAGGGCCAGCCUCCGUCGCCGCAGCAGAAUCACUCGAAUGGUCAAGACACGCCUCUAUCACCGAUGGGGCCUUCGUCGCCGAGUCAAGAAGGUCUAUUCACGGAUCUUCGGCUUCUGUCCUUGGAGAAGCAGCUCAAUAUCGAAUUGAAGGUCAAGCAGGGUGCUGAAAACAUGAUACAGAGUUUAACGAGCGGCCAUCGUGACAAAAAAUUGCUACAGGAGGCUCAACAAAUGCUAGAUGAUUCCCGCGCCAAAAUCGAGUUCCUACGUAUGCGAAUUAUGAAGGUGCGCCAGGCACGGCAACAGCAACAGCGUGGUGAUGCGCCGCCACCGAAUGGCGAAACAGCUAGUAAUAAAGACAGGUACGAACCCAGUCUGGAGCUCGCGUUGGAGGAAAGGGUGGAGGAGCUGCGGCAUCGAUUACGAAUAGAGGCAGCUGUCGUAGAAGGUGCCAAGAACGUGAUACGUCUUCUACAAAGUGCCAAAGUCGCUGAUAAGAAGGCCUUAACUGAGGCACAAGCAAGUCUCGCGGAAUCCAGUAAAAAAUUGGACUUACUCAGAUACUCUCUCGAACUCAGAAGGCAAGAGCUACCUCCUGACAGCGGUACUGCAGCUCAAUUAAAGAGAGAAUUAGCUAGCGUGCAGUCGGCUAGUCCAGUUCCUGUUACGUAUACAUCAUUGCAACCGUUUCGUGGUCCUUUGGAAGGUAAAGCCACUGUACCAGCCUCGGUAUCAAGAUGCGCCGCUGUCACGGGACAAUUAGAGGUAAGAUUAAUGGGAUGUCAAGACUUAGCAGAAGAAGUGCCUGGGCGUACGAGAAGGGAACACCCUGCUAGUCCUGAUUUACGUAGCUUUGUUAAAGGUGUCACAGGACGCAGCUCAAGUAAAUCAUAUAGUGUGAAAGAUGAAACAAGCAAUGAUAUUAUGGCAGUUAUAAAAUUGGAUAACCAAACCGUAGGGCAAACUAGUUGGCGUCCAUGUUCCCAACAGGCUUGGGACCAAAGGUUUUCUAUUGAGCUUGAUAAAUCAAGAGAACUUGAAAUAGGCAUUUAUUGGAAAGAUUGGAGAUCUCUUUGUGCUGUCAAAUUUUUACGUUUAGAAGAAUUUAUUGAUGACGUUCGACAUGGUAUGGCUCUACAAUUGGAACCGCAAGGCCUCCUGUUUGCAGAAAUAAAAUUCCUAAAUCCGAUGAUAUCGCGAAAGCCUAAAUUGCAGCGUCAACGCAAGAUCUUUAAGCAGCAAGUGAAAAAUUUCCCAAGAGCAAAUCAAAUGAAUAUAAAUGUCGCAACUUGGGGUAGGCUACUUAAGCGUUCGGCGCCUUCAUUACAUAAUUCCAGAAACUCAGAAAGUCCGCCGUCAGGAGUACAACCGGUGCAACUUGUGUUUGAUACCUCAGUAGAAGAUAAGCCUGAAACUCCAGGGGAAGUGCCCGAUCCAGAAAAAGGUGGAUUGGGUGGCGCAAGGCCUUUAGGUAUGUCAGCAUCGAGUAGUAGUCCAACUCUGCCACGUCCUCCAGAGCAUCCUCCUCCACCGCCACCAACUGUGACAAAGAAACCUUCUACGCCUGCACCUACACCACCUCCAAAACCCUUGGACCAAGAGUUACAGAGCGCAUUAAGAGAGUUUGAUUUCCUCAACGAGGAAAAGGGCGGGCCUCAAGGUGCAAAUUUAAGGCCCCUUGUGACAGAGCCCCGCCCUGUGCUGAUUGCACCACCCUCUCCACGCACACCCUCGCCCCAACCUGUCGUCGAGUUUCCUGAGGAUGAGGUUGUAUAUGAAAUGCCAGCUAGACCUCUCCAGUAUAGAGAUAGUGCUUACGAGUCAAGAAGACAUUCUCAACUCACUGGUAUGACUCUGGAGAACUUUAGACUGCUCUCCGUACUCGGCCGUGGACAUUUCGGCAAAGUAAUACUGUCGCAAUAUAGAAACACAGGAGAGUACUUCGCAAUUAAGGCCUUGAAGAAAGGAGAUAUUAUAGCUAGAGAUGAAGUGGAAUCACUGCUUUCUGAAAAGAGGAUAUUCGAAGUAGCGAACACGACGCGCCAUCCUUUUCUUGUUAAUUUAUUUGCAUGCUUUCAAACUGAGGCACAUGUAUGUUUUGUAAUGGAAUAUGCAGCUGGCGGUGAUCUUAUGAUGCACAUACAUGCUGAUGUUUUUGGGGAACCACGUGCUGUGUUUUAUUCCGCUUGUGUGGUUCUUGGAUUACAAUAUUUGCACGAAAAUCGCAUUAUUUAUAGAGACUUAAAAUUAGAUAAUCUGCUAUUAGAUACGGAAGGUUAUGUUAAAAUCGCAGAUUUUGGUUUAUGUAAAGAAGGUAUGGGAUUUGGAGACAGAACAGGUACUUUCUGCGGUACUCCUGAAUUCUUAGCGCCCGAAGUGCUAACAGAGACUUCAUAUACGCGAGCUGUAGAUUGGUGGGGUCUUGGAGUCUUAAUAUUUGAAAUGUUGGUUGGAGAGUCCCCUUUCCCUGGUGAUGACGAAGAAGAAGUGUUUGAUUCCAUUGUAAAUGAUGAAGUACGAUAUCCAAGAUUUCUUUCUUUAGAAGCAAUUGCAAUUAUGAGAAGACUACUCAGAAAGAAUCCAGACAGGAGAUUAGGUAGCAGCGAAAGAGACGCUGAAGAUGUUAAGAAACAAGCAUUUUUCAGACAUAUAGCUUGGGAUGAUUUACUCCUAAGACGCGUGAAACCACCUUUCGUACCAGUAAUCCAUUCGGUGGAAGAUGUAAGUAAUUUCGAUGAAGAAUUUACAUCAGAAAAGCCACAAUUAACGCCUCCAAAAGAUCCUCGGCCUCUCAGCGACCUAGAACAGAGUCUUUUUAAAGACUUUACUUACAUGGCUGAUUGGUGCUAGCCGUAAUGAUUGAUAUCUUUCGAUGCGAAAAUAUCAGCAUAAUUGAAGAAAAAGUUUACACUAUGGAAUUCGCGCAACUGAUGGUAUUUACACGCGCGUUUGUUUAUCUGAGCAAUAUAUAUUGUAUGUCAUUAUAUAUCUUGUAUAGAAUUCUUUAUUUUGGAUACUAUAUUAAUAAUCACAGUAGGCACAUUUACAAAAGAAAUUUUUCAACCAAAGUUGUGGAGUGCGCAUGAAUGUAACUUCACAAGUCGAGAGCUAAUUCGUUAGCGAGACUAAUAUCUCGUUUAACUUUUCGAGUAUAACCAGAUGAGCUGAAAUUGUUGGUAGUCAUUGAAUAGUCGUUUGUAUAAUAAAUUUUCUUUCAAACAUUUUGAAAUUAAACUAAAACUAAUCUAGUUUAGAUUUAUUUUAUUUUAUUUUAAUUAAAGAAAAGAGAUGUUUUAGUAAGACAUUUUGAAUGUCUUGGGACUAAAACAGUCUAUAUAUAACAAGGAUAAAAUUCUUAUUUUUGUUUUUUAUGUAUUUAUAUAUUUUGGAAAGACAUUUAGGAUUAUGCCAUUUUCGAGCAUUAAUUUCUUUGUUUUGUCACGAUGACUACCAAAAACCUAAAAGAUUUGCGAGUUUGAUGUCACGUGCUUAACUUAUAAUGCGAAUGGAUUUAAUCUUGGUGCUCGAUUAGUCAUUGUCUGACGAAUAGCUUUGCUAAGAACUUCGAGAUAAGCAUUGUCUGACGAAUAGCUUUGCUAAGAACUUCGAGAUAAGACAUCUCUUCAUAUAAGUUGUAGUAAAUCUCUAAAGUAAGUGACCAUUAUAGUAUCCACCAUCAAUAAUAACUAGGAGAGCCAGAAAAGUUAGAAAUAAAUACUCUCUUGUUAUGAGUUGAACUGUCUCCAGCACUCUUGGUUGCAUGUACAGAGUUUAGAAAUAAAUAAAUUUUUAGCAAUGGAAUAAGAAUUUUAUCUUUCUUUUUGUUAUUAUUGAUUGUCUGAAUUUGAAUUUUGAAGAUAAUCUUAAAUCAAAAAUAAUUAAUUAUAAAACUUAAAAAAGCGUAACAACAUUAGGCUAAAAUUUACCAAAUUUAUUUCAUUUUUCAAUCCAAUGUGAUACAAAUUUAAUGUUUAAAUUGACUUUUUGCAUAGACGUUCCAAUCAUAGAGUAUUGAAUUCUCAAUUGUCAUUUUGAUGGAGAAUUAUCUUGUUUGACAAAAACAGCUUGGUUGAUUUAUUGUCUUAGAAAUUCGUUUAUUGUCUUAGAAACUCGUCUUUUGUGGUUGUUUUUUCGAUUUAGCUUUGUUUUUCACACAAUACAAUUGCGUCAGGAUUUCUAAUUUUCUGGUUUUCCAAAAAUACUUUCUUCUUUUUGACCCAUAAAUUGGAAUGAUUUGAACAUGCUAUGAAUUGUAUAGUGAUUAAUGAGGAUAGGGGGAGAACAAUAUGAAAAAAUAGAAAAUAAAGUCUUCACAGAAUAUUUACUAAAAAUUAAUAUGCACGAACUUCAUUUUAGAAACUUGUUUUAUCGAAUCUCAGGUUUUCCAUAUAUGAGUUACACAUAGCAACAUGUAGCUGAUAUAUAUGAAUUUACAAUUUCUAGUUUGAUACGAUAAUAUUGUAAAUGAGGUCAUGAUAGAAAUAUUUUUGGAAGUUCCGUUCAAUUUCUCUCAAGCGAAGGAAAAAGUGAUGAAACUAUUAGUAUUUUGACUAAAGAAGUUUUUCCACAUAUAAAUGAGUAUAAUUUUAGAUUACAUUUUUCUUACAGAAGUGAUCUCCAAACACUGUCCUGUUGCUAGUAUUAAAUAUGUAUGGAUGUCUCUCCUUUUGCGUGAAGAUAUAUUAUUUUCAACAUUUCGUUAUCUACGUACUGGUAUUUGUAUAGUAAUACAUGCAAUUACUCAGAUUUUAUAUAUCCUUAUAGAAUUUAAAGGAUAAUCAUAAUAAUAAUAAAAACAAUAUUAACAUUCAUUAAGACAACAUAAAGUAAAUCAAAAUAUAGCUAUACUUGCUCAUGCUCAUGUGAUAAAGAAUUGAAAUUGAAAUGGCGCUAUGUAUGUGUAACAAUUAUGAUCAUACUGACAUUAACAUUCAGCGCUUUAAUUAAACUAACCAUAUAUCGUCGGUUAUGAUAAUUGGAAAUUUAAUCCAUUUAUGUAUAGCUAAUUUUGCAAGAUUAUAGAUGACGUUAGACCGUACGAGCCCUAUGACAUCAUGUGAAGCUAGCGCAUUAACAUCAUGUAUCAGAGUCCUUUAGUUUAACAUGUAAUGCAAUUAUGUUUGCUAUAUUUCAUCAUUUAGUUAUGUACAUUUUAUAUUCUAGUUUAUAAGAUACUUUUACUAGUUCAUGUGCUUCUUACAUCAUGUAUAUAUAAAUAUAUAGCCAAAUGUGUCGAGAGAAUAAUAAUGAUAUUUCUAUGUUUAAUAGUUGUUGAUGUUGUACGCGCAAUCAAUCUUAAUUAACUAUUGCAAGACAUUUUAUCACGAACAUACUUGAACAUGUUUUAAGAUUCAGUUUUAAUCUAACAAAGAAUGAUCUGAAAGCUGCGUAAUAUUGGAAUUAGCUAUUAGAUUUUACUUAUAAAAAGCUUUUAAAUUAAUUUUCCUUCUAAUCAUCGCGAAGCUCUUUAUGGUUGCUUUACAUACAUAAUGUAGCUUUAAUAAUUAAUCCUCUACCGGAUUUCGAAGGUUUCUAGAACAUGUACGCAAUCUAAAUAUAUCCAUGAUACACUUCACCCAUCUCUCAAAAGGUGCCUACGAUAAUCGAACAAUCUUUUACAUGUAAUAUGCAAUACACAAUAGAAGUAGAAAAUUUCUAGUAAGAACCGAAGUAAUCUGAUAUUGUAUAUAAAUCUUUUCGACCUGUCUGUAUAUUAGAAUUGAGAUUGAAGAUUAAAUUACGAACAUUCUAUCGAUGCAAAUGGGGAAGAAUAUUUCAAAUAGAACUUGGUAAAUUUUGUUUAAGUUGAUUAUAACAUAACAUUCAAUUUUAUUUCAAAUUCGCGUUUAAUUGUGUUACGAAACAACUAAAAUCAGAUUUUGUUAAUUGUAAAUAUCGAUUGCUGAAAUCUUAUCAAUGAGAUUUACCAAGUUUUAUUUGUGAUACCACUUUUUUAAAUAUUAAUAAGGCAUAAAUAUGUAAUGACCAGAAUUAUUUGUAAAAUUUUAUUGAGUAUUGUGAAAAGUUAACUGUGUCAUUAGUGAUAGAUCGAGUAUCUCGAGAUCUAGUUGCCUUACUGCAAUUAUAAAUUGAUAUAUAUAUAACCAAUUUGGCAUCUAUUUUAUAUAUAUAAUUCUUAUACACGUAGGGUGAUUCUCAAAUUUGUGGAAAAAUAUUUUAGGUAUUUCUAAAAUAUUUUCAGGUUUCAGAUCUCGAAUAUAUAUAACAGUGGAAGAUAAUUUGAAACAUAUGGAUACUUUUUAAUGUGUCUGUUUUUUAUUAAUAUAUAUAAAUUUUAAAUCUAAUCUUUUUAUAUAAUAUAUAUUAUAUACGGCUUUGAAAUACAAGGAUACGAAAUUCAUGAAAAUUUACACGACGAAUUUAUUGGAAAAACAGGCAGAAGAAAAAUAUGGCAUCAAUUUGUAAAGCUUUAUAGCAAUUUGAAAUGGAAUCUUGAGCACGGAGGGAAUAUUUAUGCUUUUCAUUAAUUUAACAUUAAAAUUUAUAUUUCACAAAAAUAUUACUUUAGAUUUUAGGUACUCAUUGACAUGUAUAUUAUUUUUAUGUCCUACAUAGCGAAAAAAGCUAUACAAUAUCAUUCUUUUUAUGCUACUUUCAACUGCCGAAGUUUAUUCUGAAAAUUGUAUAACCAUUUUUGAAUGAUAAAAUAUUUCUAGGUCAAAUAAUAUCAGGGUUUUUAUUUUGCGUUUUACAAUGUACAUAUACUUUGAUGUACAUUAUAAGAUUAUGUAUGAACAAAUUACUUUUUCCACUGAUAUUAAAUGCAGCUCUUUACAGGAUAAAUUAAAUUAUGUAAUAAUUUUGAAAUAUGUAUGGUCCGAAAAUGCGAUAAUUUAAAAGUUUUAUGUACAUAUAUACAAACCUUCUACAUGAUGUUUUGUAGAUAGACUUACUUUUGAUUCAUGAAGAUUUUUUAUUCGAUUAUUUCGUUACAUGUAUUUUUUAUAUAUAACAUAAUUACAUAGCAAUUACUUAGAUGUAAGUUUGAAUUAAAAUGUUCGCUAUAUUUAUCAUUAGUUUUAUAAGAAAAUUUAUGUGCCUCAUAUUUUGUAGUAUUUACUAAUAAUACAUGGCUAGAGAUGAA